CUUGGGUCUUCUGUGGGUUUAGGUGCAGCUGGUCCACUCCCUGGCGGCCUCCAGGAAGGGGGCUAGGGCAUAUUCUGCCACCCCAAAGGGUGGCAAGAUGCCCCUGAUGAAGACGACGGAGAUUCCUGUGGGAGAGAUGAUGUCUCUUCGGCAGCAGAAGUGGGUACACAGCCUCCCCAAUGACUGGACCACGGAAAACCCUGUUCUCUACAAGGAAAAGGAAACAGCCAAGAGGGAAAAAUCCCAAGAGAGCGAGAGCACCAUCGCUGCCCGAGAAGUGCGAGGCCUCACAGACACCAUCGUUCCCGAGAAGAUCAGCACCCCCAUCCGUCAAGGGAAAGAAGACCACAAGAGGAGGAACUAUGAGAGCUCACUGGCCGCCUUUCAGGAGGAGAUAGCGCGGAUCGGGAUGGAAAUGGAACCUCUCAUCUUGGAGUCAGGGGGCCUAUUUCUGAAAAAGUUGUCUGAGUCUAAUGAAGAUAUUGACCGUCUCUUUGUAAAGGUGGAAAACAGCAUCGACCUUGAGGACUACAGCAGCCAAGCCCUGUUGGAGCUGUGGGAUAAGGCGGUUGAGAUAUUCCAGCUCCAGAAGCAGGAGAUUAAGGAGCUGGAUGAAACACUGUCCUCGCUGGAAUUCUCCAGAGCUGAUAAACUAAAAAGUGUGUUGAAGAAAUAUGUGGAAAUUAUAGAGAAAACGUCCUACCUCAUGCAGCCCGAUGUGCACAGGCUGAUCAAUAGAGAAGCCAUGAUCAUGAACCAUGCCCUGCUGGGUAACCGGAGGGCCAUCGCCCAGCUGUUCGUCAACCUGAUGGAGGCUACCAUGCAGCAGGAACUCGACUGCCGCCACCGCUGGCAGGUCCUGGUGGAUGCCUGGAAAGCUUUGAAGCAGGAGGCCUUGCUGCAGAGUUUCAGUGAGUUCAUGACCAGUGAGAAUGUCCAGUCUCCUCCGGCUGUGAAGGAGGAGGUGGAGGCCAUGCUGAAGACCCAGAAUAUCCUGCAGCAAAAGCGGCUGGACCAUCUCUAUGCCAUCUGUGACCUCCUGCCCCCCAAUUACAACAAAGAUCAGCUGAUGGAAUGGCAUACUUUUCUCAACUCCUUGAACAAGCAACUCGACAACUACCACGUGGACUUCAUGAUGCGGAUCCGCCUGCUCUACGAGCUGACCUGGCAGGAGUGUCUGGCCCAAGUGCAGAACUGCAAGAAGCAGCUGCUAGACUGGAAAGCCUUCACCGAGGAGGAGGCCGAGAUGCUGGUAAACCCAUCCUUCUUCCGGAUGGUGGGGAAACUCCAGAGCAAGGUGGAGAAGGACCUGGAACUCUUGGACAAAUCUUUCGAGGCCCUGGCCAAGAAGACAGAGUGGCAGAGUGCAGACCUCUUCAACUACUUCCAGGAGGCUGUGCGGCUGUGGGAGGUGCACCAGAGCGUGCUGUCGGUGCAGGAGCUGGAACUGGAGAGGAGGAUGGAGCAGCACCGGCAGAAGCACAUCGUGGAGAACCAGAUGCAGGAGGCCUGCUUUGAUAAACUCCUGGAUCAGCUGAGACAACAAAGCCACGGAGAAACACUGAAAUUUCACCUGGAAAAGGCCAAAGAUUUUCUGAGGAACAUGAAAUCCAGGUAUGAAAGUUUUCACGCCCUCCUGACAAAAGAAGUGAUGGACUACCCGGUGAUCAUACUGAAAGAACUCAACUCUUACAGCUCCGCCCUGAGCCAACACUUCUUCGUCCGGGAAAUCUUUGAACAGAACUUGGCGGGGGAAGUCAUUUUCAGAAUCAGGCAACCAGAAGCACAUGAAAUGUACUUCCGGCAGAGAAUGAGGAAACUGAGGAAAAGACAAGAGACUCACAUGGCAAAGAGCAAAGGUGAGGAAAGCAUAAGUGGAGAGACAAGUUCCAGCAGGUCAACAGAAGAGACUGAAGAGAAAGAUGAAACGCAGUCCUUCACAACGGAAGAGGUACUGAGCCAGCCGGGGAAGCCUGCGCUGAGCGACAGGAUGUCUGAGUUCAGAGAGGGCUCCGUUCAAGAGUCAGAGGAAAUGCAGGUUGAAGGAGAAGGCUCCUCAAAGCCAUCUGUCAGCCAGGAAAGUGUGAUGGCCAAAGAAGAUAAGGAAGAGGAGGCGACAGUGGAGGAGGUAGAGGAGGAGAAGGAAGAGAGAAAGGAGGAAAAUGAAGAGGAAGAAAAUGAGGAGGAAAACAAGGAGGAAGAAAAUGAGGAAGAGGAAAACGAGGAGGAGGAAAAUGAGGAAGAAGAAAAUGAAGAGGAAGCAAAGGAAGACCAGUAUGAUUUAUCUGCAUAUGAGGGCGAAGCCAAGGAAGAAAACCUGGAGAAGGUCCUGCACGAUGAUGUGGAGUCCUUCACAACCUCUAGUGGAAACACAUAUUUUGUUUUCCUGUCCCUGCAAGAAGAAGAGGGUUGGCGGAGGCCCCAUUCCAACCUCUCAACCAUGUUCAUCGAUGAUAUGUCCAGUACCAAGUUUACAGAACAAGUGAUAAUUCCAUCCAAACUACUUUUAGAAAUUAAGAAACAAAUUCGAGCUGGCUUGUUUGAGCACCUCGAGAAGUGGUUUGACCAAUGUGUCCUCAACUCCCGGGUCAUCAUGACCACCAAGGUGGACGAGCUGGAUUCAGAACUGGAGCUGCGCCUGCACCUGCACCAGCCACGAACUCAACACGUUGAAAAGGACAUCCACAAUGUUAGGGCAGCUGAGCUCUUGCUCCAUCAAGAGCGACUGGACAGCCACUGUACUGGGGUGAUGGAGACGCUGAAGAAGGAGAGGCUGAUGUUCUGCAAGUUCCAAGAAGAGCAAAGCGCUAGGAGCAAAAACUUCCGCCGCAAGAUUUACGACAUGGAGCAUAUCUUCUUGAAUGCCACGCGGAGCCAAAAGCUGGUCCUCCUGAGCAGCACGCUGCACCGAGAGCUGCUGAGCUACGUCGAUGUCAUCCAGGUGUCCCUGCGCAGCUUCCGCCAGUACUUGGAGGAGAGUCUGGGCAAACUCCGCUACACCAACAUUGAGUUCGUCAAGCACUGCAGAUUGUUUUCUGAAGGAGGCAACUUUUCUCCUGAAGAAAUUGAAUUUCUGUGUCAUCGACUGGAGAAGGAAGCUUCUCGGAUAGAGUUUGUCGAAAGUUUAAUCAUGAUCAAUAUGGAGAAGAUGGAGAGCGAGUACCUAGACCAGGCCAAUGAUGUCAUCAACAAGUUUGAAAGUAAAUUCCAUAACCUGUCUGUGGACCUUAUUUUCAUAGAGAAAAUCCAGCGGCUGCUGACGAAUCUGCAGGUGAACAUCAAGUGCCAGGUGGCAAAAUCCAAUUCACAAACGGAUAGGUUAAAUUCUUCUCUGGAACAGCUUCAGAGCAAGAUAGAAACUUGUCGAGACUCAAAGGGAGAUAAAACAAUCGGGACCACAGAAGACCUCCUCGGCUUGAUCCGAACUUGGAAAGAAAAGCUGAGCCAGAGGAUUCAGUACCUCAACUGCAGCCUGGACAUGGUGUCUGUCAGUCAGGUGGUCUUCACUGACACCACCUUAAAUGAGCUGGAAGAGAGUGACAUCCUGGUAUCUUCAGAAGCCUUUGAGGAGGAAGCCAAGGGGGACCUGGUCGCCCCUGAGUCUUUCGCCCAGCCGAGCCGCAUGGGAAAAUCCAUGAUUGAAGACCCAGCUGUGGAGGUGGUCAAGAAGAUCUUGCAAGUUCCCAACAUAAAAUGGUCAGCCCAUCCGUGUGACAAGGAUCGCUCUCAGACAGGCUUCAAGCGACAUCGGUGCCGGUCAGAUAACUCUGCGAAGAGGGCCAUGCCCAGUGCCAGUGCCACCUCGGCAGGGAGCUUCACACGGCACUCCAAGAUCAACAAAAUAGACAAAAAGUACCUGGUGCUCGGGGACAAGUCUCCACCUCCCGCUGAGGAUUUUAAAGGGAUCAUCCUGACCCUCCUCUGGGAGAGCAACGAGCAUCUGCUGGCUGUCGCGGAGGAAUUUUAUCGCAAAGAGAGGCGCCCAGUCACCAGGCCUGACUGCAUGUCUGAAACCUUUGACCAGUGUGCUGAGAACAUCAACAAGAAGAUCCUGGAGUACCAGAGUCAGGCGGAUGAAUACCACAACUCCUGCGUCUUGGAAUUGCGGGCCCAAGUGAGAAGAUUUGAGGAGAUGCUGCCCCAGGUAUGUUGGCUGGUGAUGGAGAAUUUCAAAGAGCACCACUGGAAAAGGUUUUGCACCUUAAUGAAUGAGAUUCGAAGACAAUUUGAGGAAAAGCAGACACAGCUGGAGAAAAGGAAGGAUGAAAACUCCCAGAAGCUCCAUCCAAAUCUCGGACACCCAACACGUUUCCAAGAAAUGGAAUCUCUACACAUAGUGGAAAAAGCAAGACAGGGAGAGAUGGACCGUGUGAUUCAGAUGAACAGGGAGAAGCUGGAGGAAUUCACCAGGAAUUACGGCCGAAUUUUCAUAACCAGCUUGGCCUCCUUUACGGAGAAGUUCCUGCUGCAGUUGGAUGAUGUGGUCACCAUCGAUGACAUCCAGGUUGCAAAAAUGGAGCACCGCAGGCAGAAAACGUCAAUCCUCAUACGGAAGAAACUCGCUGGGCUCUCCCUGGAGGAAGAGACUGAGAAGCCCCUGAUUGAACGCGGGAGCAGAAAAUGGCCAGGAAUCAAACCCACAGAAGUCACCAUCCAAAACAAUAUUCUCCUCCGGAAAACGGCCUCCAUAACCACCACCAAAACGACCUUGGGCCACCUGGCGGCCAUCGAAGCCCGAGAUGCUGUGUACCAGAAAUAUUUAGAUUUAUUUGAGGAGGAGCUGAAGACAAUUCAGGAUGACACCACAUCGCAGAUGCAGGAAGCUCAGCGCUGGAAGGACUGCUGGAAGCGCUCCAAGACCACCAUCGAGGGCUUGUAUUUAUGAGCCCUCCACUCCAUCCCAAUAAAGUCUUGUUUUGUUC